GGCAGUUCCGACCGUGAGGGCUGACGGACCCCCGUGCAGGUGACGGUACGCGAGGUGCGAGUCCUCCGUGGGAGAGUGCAGAGCGCCGGCUGCCGAGAGGCGUCUGAUGAAUUAGAGCAGCUGUUUGUGCGAAAGACUCGUGAAGUUUCUGAGUUAAACGCACGGGACUGAGCGUUGAGACGAACUGUGUCAGUGUCAGUCAGCCAUGUCGCUCCCAACAAUACCGGAUAUGGACGAGACCUUUGAUAGAGCAGAGCUUCCUAGCCCUGAAGUAAAACAGCUGCAUGACAGUCUGAUACAAGAUCUGUCGACAGUGCUACCGGAGCCGGACUACUCGGACUCGGAGGAGGAGGUGCGCCCUGUCGCCGGGAGCCCCAUGACCUCAGACAGCGCGCUCGCCACCCGCCGGCCGUCCGCCGGACCCCACUGCAGCAUGGCCGGACCGCAGCAGCAGCUGCACAGGGAGCUCGCCUUCAACCAGAAAAUCGGUAAGAACCUGCUGGGUCAGAAGACGGAGCUGCAGAAGGCGAUGGAGCGUCACCGCGACCAGCAGCAGCGCCGGCAGCAGCAGACAAGUCGGCACAACAACCGCAGCAGCUUUGAGAUGGUCAUGGAGCAGCGUCUGUCGCGCGCUGAGCCCAGGGCCGCGCCGGCUGCCUCAUCCGAGAGCACACCCGAGUUCCUCCAGGUGCACGCGCGCAUGAGGUCAAAGCUGAACGCCUCCUCGUGAGGGAGCGGCUGCAGCUGAAGGAACGCUCCGGUCGAGUUGCCGCUGCGCUGUGUUCUGGUGUGGAAUCCGCUGGACGGAGGGAGGGCAGAGCGACCCGGCCGGACCAGUCGAGCCCGCGGGAGAGAGGGCAGCGCUGUAGUGCAGUCGCAAAGUAGGCUGUAGCGAUCUGCGCCCGUCGUGAUCCCGGCCGACGGGUCAGUUCGGCCCGGACCGGCUUCUGUAACAGUUGUCGUCUCGUCAGUAUUUUAAGCGGCGCGGUAUUGUCGAAGUGUUCACUGAGUGACGGGUCCGGCUGGUAUCCGGGAGGCGAUGCCUGAGCACCGGAACGUCUGUAGCAGACCGACGUCUUGAAGCGACGGAGCGACGUCUAUGACCGACCAAGUCUGCGAGGGAUGGACUGACGCCUGUGAGGGACCGAUGUCUGUAGUGGACCAACGUCUGGGAGGGCCUGACCGACGUCCAAGAGGGACGGACCGUGGCGUUAGACCAACGUCCGACAGGGACGACGCGACGUCUGGAAGGGACGGACCGACGUCCAAGAGGGACGGACCGACGUCUGAGUGACGAACUAACGUCUAAGAGGGCGGAUCCAGGUGUACGAGGAAUGAAUCAACGCCUGCAAUCAACGGACCGACGCGCUUGUAACGUCUUACGGCGUACGGACUGACGUCUUAAAACAACGGGGUGGUGUCUGGGAGACGGCCCGAACCACAACAGCACGACCGACGUUCUAAAUCGGCCAACGUGUGAGAGGGAUAGGGCGACGCCUGAGAGAGCUAGGCGUCUGAGAGGGAUAGAAAGACGCCUGAGAGAGUUAGGCGUCAGAGAGGGAUAGAAAGGCGCCUGAGAGGAUUAGGCGUCUGAUAGAGAUAGAACAAUGCCUCUAAGGGAUAGAGUGACGCCUGAGCCGGAUAGAGUAGCGUCUGAGAUGGACCGACGUCUGGGGCGACGACCAACGAAGGAGGGGAUGAUAGUCGCCUUACAAAGUACAUUUACGUGUAGCUGAGCCGUGAGACGUAGCCAGCAUCGCAUUAUACCUGCUCUUGUUAUAUUGUGCUGACAUGUGUACAAAUGUUCUGUCAAUAAGCCGCCUUUUGUAAAUAUACACCGAUGGAAAGAUC